CUUUGUCCUUUGCAGAUCUUUGAACUCCAGCUGAGUCACUGCCAGCUUGGUUCAAGAUGCCACCGGCUACCGGAGGCCCUGUGGGAUACACCCCUCCUGAAGGAGGAUGGGGAUGGGCUGUGGUUGUUGGGGCCUUCAUCUCCAUUGGGUUUUCUUAUGCCUUCCCCAAAUCCAUCACUGUGUUCUUCAAAGAGAUUGAGGUCAUCUUCAACGCGUCCAGCAGCAAAGUCUCAUGGAUCUCCUCCAUCAUGCUGGCGGUUAUGUAUGCAGGAGGUCCCAUCAGUAGCAUCCUGGUGAACAAGUACGGCAGUCGGCCUGUUGUGAUCAUAGGUGGCCUCCUUGCUGGGAGCGGGUUGAUUUCAGCCUCCUUCUGCAACACGGUGGAGGAGCUCUACUUCUGCAUUGGGGUUGUAGGAGGCCUUGGACUUGCAUUUAACUUGAACCCAGCCUUAACCAUGAUCGGCAAGUACUUCUAUAAGAGGCGUCCCCUGGCCAAUGGGCUGGCGAUGGCGGGCAGCCCCGUGUUCCUCUCCACCCUGGCGCCCUUGAACCAGCUCUUCUUUGGCAUCUUUGGCUGGCGUGGCAGCUUCCUCGUCCUCGGAGGUCUCUUGCUGAACUGUUGUGUUGCUGGAUCCCUGAUGCGGCCCAUCGGCCCAAAGCCAGACCAGCUGAAGAAGGAGGUCGCUAAGGAGGCGCUGCAGGAGGCUGGGAAGGCUGGUGACACCAGCACAGACCUCAUCGGUGGGAAGAGCAAGGAAGAGAAGAGCUCAUUUUUCCAGACGAUCAACAAGUUCUUGGACCUGACCCUGUUCAAGCACAGGGGCUUCCUGCUCUAUCUCUCGGGCAACGUGGUCAUGUUCUUCGGGCUGUUUGCUCCCUUGGUCUUCCUCAGCAAUUAUGCAAAGAGCAAAAAGAUUAGUAACGAGUCUGCAGCUUUCCUGCUCUCCAUCCUGGCCUUUGUAGACAUGGUGGCCAGACCUUCCAUGGGACUAGUGGCAAACACCAAGUGGAUCAGACCCAGAAUCCAGUAUUUCUUUGCCAUCGCUGUGAUUUACAAUGGGGUUUGUCACCUCUUGGCCCCCAUGUCCACCAGCUAUGCUGGCUUCUGUAUUUAUGCUGGCUUCUUUGGCUUUGCCUUCGGCUGGCUGAGCUCAGUCCUGUUUGAGACCCUGAUGGACCUGGUGGGAGCGCAGCGGUUCUCCAGCGCCGUCGGCUUGGUGACCAUUGUGGAGUGCUGCCCCGUGCUUCUGGGACCCCCUAUGCUAGGGAAGCUCAAUGACAUGUACGGUGACUACAAGUACACGUACUGGGCCUGCGGGGUCAUCCUCGUCAUCUCUGGGAUCUACCUUUUCGUUGGGAUGGGCAUCAACUACCGCCUGGUGGCAAAGGAACAGAAGGCGGAGAAGGCGAAGCACGAAGGGAAGGAGGAGGAGACCAACGUCGACGAAGCUGGGAAGCAGAAAGAGGCAAACAACGAUGUGGCUCCCUCGUCUCAGAAGAGUGGGGAGGAUGGUGUCAAAGAGGAGGAGAGCCACAUGUGAGGGACAGGUCUCAAUCCCAGAGUGUCGGGGAAGUGCUGCUGCCCUGGCGCAGUGGCUGGGGCACUGCUCCGUUGGCGCUGGGCAGCCGUGAGAAGUGUUUAAACCAGG